GAAUAAAUGUUUCUUAUUCCUUUCGUGUUCUUCACAAUAGUACGCAAUAUGGCAAAAUCGGACCGUUGAUGCCUAUAGGUGCCAGUGGGGUGGGAAAAACAACCAUAACAUUGGUUCCUGAGCACCGAAAGUAAAGUUGCGUACGAGACGUAUACAGAGCAGAUUACGCCUUCACCAGCCAUAAGCAGACCGCCGAACGUAACCAAAUAUCCGACCUAUGCGGACGAUAUCUGAUAAGCGCCGUGUCGCUCAGUCUCGGCACGGGGUUUUGAAUGACGUGAGCGAAACAUUGCGAGCGAAGGAAUGAGAACUGUCCAUGUAUCAAGGUCGGCACCUUAUAAGAUGACGGGGAGACGGAGAGCAUAAAGCAAUGCCGGAGGUCACGGUGGAAAAAAAAAAAAACGAAUGAGAAUCGAGCAAAAUCAACAAAUAAGAACUACAAAAGAAGUGCGCACCUCCAAGUCAUCUCGCCCUGACGAGCGAGUGAAAAACGCCGUGAGCGUGUGGUAUAGUGAUGACGUGAUAAGGGAGCCAGAUAUCUUUUCCGCUGAUUGACUACGCCGUGGAGCUGCGCACGCGAUUCGUGUGGUGGAAAAAGCUUGAAGCACGGAUCCCGCCACAACUGUGCUACCACAGCUUCGAUGCGGAAGAAACGCCGUCCGUGCUUCAGCCUGGCUUCGAGCGAAGACAGCGGCGUCGCGCUGGGCUAUAUGCACCCGUGCUCCAGCACCGCCGUGGUGCCCGUGGUCGCCGAGCAGCGGCUCACGGCGGCCAAGCCUAUUCACAGCGACGAGUCCCUGGCCGAGUUGUUCGCCCUCAUCGAGAGCAACCCCUGCCUCUGGAAGAACGACUCGAGGAGCUUCAAAAACCUGCGACUCAAGCGCUGCCUCUGGAAACGCUUUGCCGUUCACCUCCAGAAGCUUUUCCCCAUGCUGGGACCGUUCACUGCUGACAAUCUGCGGUACGUGUACAGCAUCAAGCGGCGCCAGUACUAUGACGAAUUGAAGGACAAGACUGCACGGACGAAGUCUGGAGAACUCGAAUACACGGGUCGGUGGAAGUUCUUCGACUGCUUGAGCUUUCUACGAGUCCACUCGGAGCCCUACCGGCUUGCGGUCACCAGUCCGCUACUUCACUUUGAGAAAGACCAACUGCUCGAGCUCGAGGAAGAGAACGACGAUGUGCUGUUGGACGACGGUGAAGCGAGCGUAGUGGAAGCCGAUGAAUCUAGCAUCCUUCCCGACAGCAUCCACGAAUCUUCCGAAGUCCUUGUUAACGAGGAGCCGGCAGCGAACGUCUGCGCCGUGUACUCCAAUGACCUCAGCUUCGAAGCUUCGUCGCCUCGGCCCACCAAGAAGGCUCGCCUCUCUGCCUCCAGCUUCGGCGUUCAGCCACUUGUCCCGUUAGAUACGUGCAGCAGCAGCAACGCCGUGCCUCAAGUCGAGAGCAUGCAGCCACCAACUACUGCCGUCGGCGGCUACUACGACGAGUGUGACCAGUUCGGCAAUAUCAUUGCCAACUACAUGCGUCGCCUUUCGGAUGAGGACCGGCUAGAGUUCCACUGCCACAUCAUGAGCUGCACAAAGGACUUUUUCAAGUGCUUCACGCGUUUCAACAAACGGCGCCCAUGACUACCUAUAUACUCCACUGUAACGAGCAAACUGGCGCGUCGCAAAAGUCACGUAAGCAUCAAGCUGCACGUUUCAAGUUUCCACGUUUAUGACCUAUCCAGGUCGGCCUGUUUUUCUGGGUAUGUCUUCUGAUUUAAACAGCCUUCGCUCCUGUAUUUUCUGUUUCCUGUUCAGACUUGCGUAACGUGUGGUGUUAAUAAAUAUAUUGGUACAAAACCA